CAACACCCAGAUCGUCACGCUCGAUACGAACAAUAGUUAUGGCAGGAUUCUUCGAUAUCAAAGCUCGCAAGGAGGCUGCUGCGACAAACGGCGCGUCUACAAAAGCUCCAGCUGCGAAAGAAAAUACAAGAUUACAACCAUGGGUUGAGAAAUACCGCCCAAAGAACCUCAACGAUGUAACGGCCCAAGACCACACCAUCACCGUCCUACAACGGACGCUGCAAUCCUCCAACCUUCCACACAUGUUGUUCUACGGCCCCCCAGGCACAGGAAAGACCUCCACUGUCCUCGCUCUCGCCAAAGAACUUUACGGCCCCGAAAUGAUCAAAUCCCGCGUCCUCGAACUCAACGCCUCCGACGAGCGUGGUAUAUCCAUCGUCCGGGAGAAAGUCAAAGACUUCGCACGCAUGCAGCUCUCGAAUCCAUCCGCCGCCUACCGCGCACAGUAUCCCUGCCCGCCAUACAAGAUCAUCAUCCUGGAUGAGGCGGACAGCAUGACGCAGGAUGCGCAAAGUGCGUUGCGCAGGACGAUGGAGACGUAUUCGAAGAUUACGCGGUUUUGCUUGAUCUGCAAUUACGUCACGAGGAUUAUUGAUCCGUUGGCUAGUAGGUGUAGUAAGUUCCGGUUUAAAAGUCUGGAUGUCGGGAAUGCGAAGAGGAGGGUGGAGGAAAUUGCUGAGAAGGAGGGGGUUGCACUUGAGGACGGUGCGGUGGAUACGUUGAUUAGGUGUAGUGAGGGGGAUCUGAGAAAAGCCAUUACGUUCUUACAGAGUGCUGCGAGGUUGGUCGGUGCGGUGGGAGCCAAGGACGAGGAUGAUGAAGUCGAGCAAGAGGACGAUCCCAUGGAUGUGGACAAGGAGAAGAAGAAGGUUACCGUGAAGAGUGUGGAAGAUAUUGCAGGUGUGAUUCCUGAUGCGACAAUUAACAAGUUGGUCAAAGCUAUGCAGCCGCGAUCAAAGGGAGCUGUAUAUGAAGCUGUUUCGAAAGUAGUUACGGAUAUGGUAGCUGACGGUUGGAGUGCUACUCAAGUCGUCACUCAGCUCUUCCAAACAAUCAUCUACACGGAAGAGAUUCCAGAUAUACAGAAAAACAAAAUUACGCUCAUCUUCUCGGAAACUGAUAAGCGCCUUGUUGAUGGCUCAGAUGAACACCUCACGAUUCUCGAUUUGGCAUUACGCAUAUCCAAUGUACUUUCUGGCCCUUGAGAAGGCAAUGAUAUAAUGUAUUCGCAUGGCACUGGUUGGUCUGACAGGCGUUUAUGGGUGGGAAAGGUGGCCAAUGAUUGGGAUAUGAUGCGCGAUAUGAACAAAGGUCUGUCGUUAUAGUCCAGUAUGAUUUGUG